CAUUUUUUACAUAGUUCAGUUUAUGUUGUAUAUACAAUUUGGGGUCUUGAUUCUUGACACAUUACAUGCUAUUGUAAAUGUUUUUAAGUAAAAGUAUUAAAGAUGCCAUUUAAGCAUGUAUGCUUGUGUAAGCUGCUCUUGUAACCACUAGAUGGCACUCAGCACCUAUAAUUCUUGUGAGCUGAAGUAGCUCUUGAGAAAUUUAAGUUUCUAGAAGGAUCUUAUGUUUUAAUUUAAGUAAAGCAAUGGUUUAUAUUAGACUGUGAUAAGCAUUUCAUAAAUAGUAAAUAAAUUCAAGGUGGAACCUAUCGCAGUGGGUAUUUUUGUAUCUCGAGGAGAAAGGAGUAUUAAACUAAGUGGUGUGACACGUCACAUGCAGUAGAUUCUGGGUAUAUUGGCCGCCAGUAAAAUUUACUUAUUUUCUUCUAUUGGAGAAAAUCAAAUGAUGAGCUAUAUAUUUUAAUUGCUAACCCUUAUUUUUUAAUACUAAUUUUUCCUGAGGCUUUAACAUGUAGUAAACAGUCUGAAUGAACUGAAGACUUGACCCAUUAGGUAUGUGUGUAUAUGGCAUAUACAUGGGUUCACAUACAUGUGUGCAUAUGAAAUGAAAUGUCUUUAGUUGCUCGCCAUUUUAUUUAUUGGAGCAUGGUCUCUCAUUGAACUCAGAGCACUAUGAAUUUGGCUAGCCUUAUCUCCAUCUUCUAGGUGCUAGGCUAUCCCAACCACCUGGUGUUCUGUGGGUUCUGGGAAUCUGAACUGUGGUCCUCACGUUUCACAGUAGCCCCAUUACCUGCUGAACUAACCCCCAGCCUCCUGGUCAUUUUCAUUGUCUGAAUGCAACUGAAUUUGUCCCAGUCAGAAUUACUUCAUUGUGUUUUCAGAUGUCCCUGGUAGAUUUGGGGAAGAAGCUUUUGGAAGCGGCACGGGCAGGCCAAGAUGACGAAGUCCGUAUUUUGAUGGCAAAUGGAGCUCCUUUUACCACAGACUGGCUGGGAACUUCUCCACUUCAUCUGGCCGCACAGUAUGGGCAUUACUCUACCACAGAGGUGCUUCUCCGAGCCGGUGUAAGUAGAGAUGCCAGGACCAAAGUGGACCGGACACCACUGCACAUGGCAGCUUCUGAGGGCCAUGCCAGUAUAGUAGAGGUUUUGCUUAAGCAUGGUGCUGACGUCAAUGCAAAGGAUAUGUUAAAGAUGACAGCUCUGCAUUGGGCGACAGAACAUAAUCAUCAAGAGGUGGUGGAGCUUUUAAUCAAAUAUGGUGCUGAUGUACACACGCAGAGUAAAUUUUGUAAAACUGCAUUUGAUAUUUCAAUAGACAAUGGAAAUGAAGAUUUAGCAGAGAUAUUACAGAUUGCUAUGCAGAACCAAAUCAACACCAACCCGGAGAGUCCUGACACUGUGACAAUACAUGCUGCCACGCCGCAGUUCAUCAUUGGACCCGGAGGGGUGGUGAACCUUACAGAUGAAACAGGAGUAUCUGCUGUUCAGUUUGGAAACUCCUCUACGUCAGUAUUAGCUACAUUAGCUGCCUUAGCGGAAGCAUCUGCCCCAUUGUCCAAUUCUUCAGAGACUCCAGUAGUGGCCACAGAGGAAGUGGUUACCGCAGAAUCUGUGGAUGGUGCAAUUCAGCAAGUAGUUAGCUCAGGGGGUCAGCAAGUCAUCACGAUAGUCACAGAUGGAAUCCAGCUGGGAAACCUGCACUCCAUUCCAACCAGUGGGAUGGGUCAGCCCAUCAUUGUGACCAUGCCCGAUGGACAGCAAGUAUUGACAGUGCCAGCCACAGACAUUGCUGAAGAAACUGUCAUCAGUGAAGAGCCACCAGCUAAGAGACAGUGUAUGGAAAUAAUUGAGAACCGGGUGGAAUCUGCAGAGAUUGAAGAGAGAGAAGCGCUUCAGAAACAGCUGGAUGAAGCCAACCGAGAGGCCCAGAAGUACCGACAGCAGCUGCUUAAGAAGGAGCAGGAGGCAGAGGCCUACAGGCAGAAGCUGGAGGCCAUGACACGCCUCCAGACCAACAAAGAAGCCGUUUAGUCGCCGUGAACACCAGUUUGCUUUUACCUUUUGUCCAGAAAGAAUGCAGUCUUGAACUGUACACAGUAAGGACACAGCCGUGGGAGUACGGAAUGAUAAAAAGUACUACAGAUUGAUAAUGGGACUUAAGCCAUGAGCUCUCAGUUCUUGUAAUAUAAAACUUCAGAACUUGUGAAAUGUAUUUAAAACUGAAUUCUGUAAAUAGUUUUUUUGGUUGUUUCUUUUUUUACAGUUAUAAAUGAGUUGAUAAAGAUUGUUGCAGAGAUCCAAAAACCACAGUAUGCCACUGUUAUGGGGAAUUCUUUUUGAUUUGGGUACAGACUCAACUUCUCAGAAACAGAAGUUUUAAGCGUGAUCGUUGUCGAUUAGACCAAAUGUGUGACAAUUAUGGUGACUGAUGCUGGAAAGACUCUGCAGAGAGAUUUCUCCCAGGAACUUUGUACAGCUUUUAGGUUGUCUCAGGUUCUCUGAAGACAUUUUUUAGGGAGCAGAAAUUUUAUAUUUGUUCAAUUUCAGCUACACGCAAGUAUACAAGAUUUACAUGUAUAUGAAGCCAAUAUUUUUAAAAUUUUGUUUGUACAUAUUCUGCAUGUUUUAUGAUAUUAAAACGCAUCACUUGCUUAGGUAUGUUUCCCACAAAGACGAUGAAAGUUACCAAGAAAAACAAAGGCACCGCUGUCAUUUUGUCGGUCAUUGAAAGUGAGUAAGCUCGCGACUGGUUUUACUGGCGACCAUGACGAUGUUCUUGGAGCAGCUUGCAAGAGAACUCAAUCUGCACUUGUAUUGCUUUUCGGCAAUUGCAGUGUGAGGACGUGAGACUGCUCUGUGCCUUCCUUCCAUCAUGACUUCCACACAAGCACUUUGAGGCGCUGGAUCUUAAGAUAAUGUUUUUAGCAAACUCAGUGCAUUUGGGUUUCUGAAAUAUUUCAUGGACUUACUCCCCUCCCCCUAAGAAAUUAUUCUUAUGGAAAAUUGCUUUUGUAUGUAGAGCAGGACCUUUUGUACUCGGUGAUGCUAUGGGUAUGUAUAACAUAACUUUCGCUGUUCCCCGUGAACGCUCCGGGCUUGUGCUGCGACUCACAAUAUUGUCAAUUCCGAAAUGUAUGGACAUUUGACAGACUAUUCCACUCUCUUUUGUAAAAUGUAACUUCGAGCUCUUUAUUAUUUUGUUUUGUUUUAUUGCUUUUUGGAAAUGUUUACCCCCACCCAACCCCCGGGCUCCUCUAGCUUCUCUGUAUAAAGAACCAGUUACCCUGGAGACUGUACUCUGGCCUCAUUUUCUAUUUUACAAUUAAAUAACUUUCCACAUA